AUGGCAUUGCUAAAUCGCGUGUCGGACGUCGAACACGGCGCGUCGCGCGUCCAAGAAACCGCGGACUGGGCCGCAGUACCGAGUACUCCGUCUGGGGGACCCCACUGGCGCCGGGAGAAGGUACCCGAUACCCGUGCCGAACCAUCGAUCACGAACCCCGAAAUUACGAAAUCACGCACCCGUGAACUCGCGAACCCGUGA